AUGGAGAAGAAGAAGAUUGAUGGGAAGAUGAAUAGUGUCGCUUCGAGUCCACCUAAUUACGUAUCCAUUCUUCAGCUUCAGGAGCGUUGGAUGAGAGAGAAAGAUCGUAAACUGAAGAAAGGAGACUUAGUAGAGAGAGAAGUGAAGCAGCAGGUUAAUGGACAACGAAGGAGAGAAGAAGAAGAAGACGUAAUGAAGAAGGUAGUAGAAAAGUCCAUUGAAGUGCCAAGUGUGAAGCUCGAGGAAAAGGGUUCAAGGGGAGGUGUUUUAUUAGGCCUUGUGGAGUGA